AUGACUGUCGAAGAGGGAACAAUCGAGCAAACGAACACUCUUCGACGCGAAUUCAAGGAGCGGCAUGUAUCCAUGAUUGCAGUCGCUGGUGCCAUUGGCACUGGCCUCAUCAUCGGCACUGGCACAGGUUUAGUUCGGGGUGGGCCUGCAAGUCUCCUCAUCGCUUACUGCGCGGUUGGACUAGUCGUCUACUUCAUCAUGACCGCGAUGGGCGAAAUGGCCACCAUGUUUCCAAUGGAUAAAGGCUUCGGAGGUUAUGCUACUCGUUUCGUUGACCCGGCUUUAGGGUAUGCCACUGGCUGGAACUACUUCUUCAAAUAUGCUGUCGUUCUGCCGAACAAUCUCACAGCCGCUGGCAUCAUCAUCCAAUACUGGCGCCCAGAUCUCAACGUCGCCAUUUUUGUAACAGUCUUUGCGGUUGUUAUCGUCCUGGUCAACCUACUCCAUGUUUCCAUCUUUGGCGAGGCAGAGUUCUGGAUGUCUGCCGUCAAAAUCCUCGUCAUGGCUACUGUUAUUUUAACCUGCUUUGUGAUUUCCAUGGGAGGUCAGCCGUCGGGCAAAAGGAUCGGAUUCAACUACUGGAAUGACCCUGGCGCCUUUGGAGAAUAUCUUCUUGAAGGGUCGGCCGGUCGAUUCCUCGGCUGGUGGGCAGCAAUGGUCCAAGCCUGUUUCGCAUACACCGGCACUGAAGUGGUUGGCGUUGCAUUCGGCGAAGCUCCCAACCCAAAGAAAACAAUCCGCAAGGCCAUUCGACAAACACUCUGGCGUAUUACCUUCUUCUACGUCAUCGGCGCUCUGGCUUUGGGCAUGGCCGUGCCAUACACCAACGAAAGACUCAUCGGAGGCACCAAGCAAAAGACGGGCGCAGGUGCCAGUCCCUUUGUCAUCGCCGUCCAGCUCGCAGGCAUUCCCGUCUUCCCCGAUGUGAUCAACGCAUGUCUGUUGGUGUUUGUUCUGAGCGCGGCGAACUCUGACAUUUAUAUUGGAUCACGGACUCUAUUUGGCCUCGCUCACGAUCGCCAAGCUCCAGCCAUCUUUCGGAAGACAACUCAGAAUGGUGUUCCCAUUAUUGGCGUUCUAUUCACCAGUGCUUUUGCGGCACUCGCUUACAUGAAUGCGUCGACGAGCUCUUCCAAAGUUUUCGGCUACUUGGUCAGCCUAGUAACUGUCUUUGGCGCUCUGAACUGGAUUAGUGUCCUGGUCACAUAUCUGCAUUUUGUCAACGGGAUGAAAGCGCAAGGAAUCCCCAGAACAUCAAUGCCUUAUAGAGGGGCGCUUCAGCCUUACGGUGCAUACUUUGCUCUUUUUGUAACCGCCAUGUUGGUCGUUUUCAAUGGCUAUGGUGCAUUCAUUCCUCAUUUUAAACCAGUCACCUUCGUCACAUCUUAUAUCGGUGUUAUCUUAUAUGUCGGCAAUCUUGUGUUCUACAAGCUUUGGGCAAAGUCGGCCAAAGUUAUACCUGGGGACAUGGAUUUACAUACCGAUCGUCUUGACAACACCAGCCCAUGA